GAGUUUCCUGUUAGUAGAUUUGCGUACGGAGCUCUCUGAAUCCUCGACGCACUGUCAAACUCUCGUACGUGCGUCAGAGCCUUGACGACAGCCCGUUCAAAACGGCGCAAUUGGAUAACUGUCAUCGUGGCAUUCUGCGAAAAUCUCUAUAAGCGACUAUCUGCUUCUGUCACUUCAGUUCAAGCAGCGGACCUGUCAUUUAGAUAUCAACACACAUCAACAACAGCAAUGUCAAUGCUGAAGACUAUGAACACGCGUAGCUCUGCUGAACCGGACCCGUCGGCGUUGCAGGUGGCACUAGUGAAGAAGAAGAAUCCGCUGCUGCCGACGCUGAGCUCGCGCUCCCCGUUCGCGAGCUGCGCGUCAAUGACGAAGAGCUUGUUGGCUAAGGCAUUCCCGUCGUCAAACAAGAAGCUGUGGAGAGCCCAGAGCAGUCCGACCGGCAUAGACGACCACACCGAUUCGAGUAUGACUUCCGAUGAGCAGGACGAUGAAGUCGCAAGAGGAGAUAUCUGCGAGAUCAUUGUGGUGGCGAUCCAGAAGGUCACAGACUUGAGCUCUGAUGCGACUGAAGAGCAGAACCGCGUGAGUAUGAUUGGCCCGGGAAAACUCCAAAAGGCGUCAAAAUGGGGCUCGGCCAAGUGGUCGCAGGGCCAGUUGCAGUUGCCGCAUCGCCUGGCCUGCACUGUCCGCAGUGGCGCGACGACGAAGGCCUCCGCUCAGCCCGAGCGCUGCGACAACGAGUUCGUCUUUGGCGAGAAGUUCGUCUUUGAGCGGCGGGAGAACGAUGUGCAAUAUCAUGAUGUAACCAUCGAGGUGUCUACCGUCGCGCCGGGAUUCGGAAGGAAGCACCGUCUCGGCCAAGUUACAGUGGACCUGGACGCCGCGUUCGCGCAGGCUUCGGGCCCGAUCUACAAACGCAAUGCACUUACGACGGCGGACAACUCGGACUCGAGCGUGGAGAUCCACUACGUGCUUCACCGUCUGGAAGUGCAGAAUGCGAAGGCCGCUGCCGCUUCACGCGUGCUCACUCGGUCAAGCACGAGCCUCAACGACGACGACGACAUGGACGCCUGUGGGCAAAUCUUCCCAGAUUUGUGGUAUCUUUGCUAAGUUAGGAUCGCUGCACAGUGCACUGCAUGUAGCGGCGACAAGUAAGUAAGGAGACGAAUGAAGGCUCCAGUAAUAUCAUGCGCUUCUCUCACAACGGAACUCGUGCCUCAGCGGACGCCGACAAUGCAUUUAACCGGUACACUAUAUCUGAUUUCCAUUUGAUCACCUCAGUCCAACCUUAGCGUGACGGCGAGAUUUGCACGAACGAAUUUCUCCAUGAUAUCAUUGUCUUCAAGCUGUAAAGCUGAGCUUGUAGCGUUUCAUACUGAAGUGCAUCCGAAGCAGCAAACACAUGCUUGGCAAGGUCCGCCUUGGCUUGGCUUUUACGAGGUUGACUGCGACUCCCACCUUUGCCUGUG